GCGAUCAGUUUCCUGCGAGGCGUCCGAUCGACCAGAAGUUUGGUUUGAGAGACGCGCGCGCACUCUUUUCCAUAUUCGUUAUUCGAACGGUGACCGCACAUGUUGUUGUUUACGCGAUCAGCCUGCCUUGCCUUGGGGAAUGAUAAGCCAUCGACGAGAAACUUGUUGAUUACAGCACGAAAAAGUCAAUGUGAAUCUCAUUAAGGAGAAGCAAGAACUCGCUUGACAUAGGCAGAAGUGACCAGAAUGAAGACAAUUGCAGUUAAAAUGCUGUUUUUACCGUUCUUUGUUGGAUAUUUCGCGUUGGUGGUUCAUGGGAAUGCGGCCGUGCAAGGUGCUAUUGACCCGCGAGUGACUUCCAAGCUCGAGCAACUGGCCACCAACCAGAACCUGCUUGAUGCUGUCACGUUCGGAGAAGAUGUUAUUGAUAAAUCAAAACGCCUGGAGCAGACGAUUGCGGAUUCCAAAAUGAAAGUAGUGAAGGGAAGCAUUUCCUACGCGCAGAUCAUCGAUGGAUACCCUACUCCAAGUACGCAAAAGCAGGACUACAUUGCGAGGACAGUGCUGAAGGCUACUUCGUAUUUUGUGAAUAGUUUUUGCAAACCGCAGCGAAUUUCCUCGUAUGACUGCGGUCAGUUUCUUUCGAGAAAGUCGAUUCCACAGAGUAAACUGCUAGAAAAGUGUAAAAAAAUUGUAGACUCGAAAACAUUUAGCGAUGAAUAUCGCCGCCUGCUACCUGCUAGUUACCAGGAUGGAAUUUACCGUUUCAGGAGAAGUGUUCUCGGCACGGAACUGCCCCACCCGAGAAACAUUUCGAGCAAAUUUCAUUUCACAUUAGCUCAGGGUAAAAAGGAUAGACAACACAGUGUGGCACUCGUCCAAUGGACGCAGUUUAUCGAACAUGACCUCGCCAAGACCACUGUUCAGACGACACACGAUGGAACCGACAUCGAGUGUUGCAGCAGCGAUCAUAACAAUGUCGUUCCACGGUAUCGUCAUCCGGCAUGCCAGCCAUUAUUGAUAGAUGAAGACGAUGCUUACUAUAAAACUCAACAUGUGACCUGCUUGAACUAUGUUCGGAGUGCUCUUUCACUCGGCAACAAGUGUAGCUUGGGUCCAGCCAAUCAACUCAAUCAGGCAACAAAUCGACUGGAUCUAUCCCAACUUUAUGGUAACCAUGAAAGUGAAACUAUGCCGAUGCGCACCAGGCACGGGGGAAAGCUAAAAUCUCAAAGCUUCAAUUCGAUGGAAUUUCUGGUAGCAAACACCGAUAAAAAGUUGUGUGUUGUUGACGAAACCCUCAACACCGUCUGCUAUUCUUCCGGUGAUACCCGAGUGAAUGUUAAUCCGUACGUUACCUUACUACACACACUGUUUUUGCGAUCGCAUAACCGUUUAGCGAAACACUUGGCUCUUAUUAACCCUCACUGGGAUGACGAGCGCUUGUUCGAGGUGGCCAGAAAGAUCAACAUACGAAUUUACCGUAAAAUUGUGCACGGUUGGGUGGAAACAGUGCUGGGAAGUCGAAUGCCGGCCGUUAAAUUGGCUAACGUUGAUUCGCGUGUCAGUAACGAAUUUGCGACAGCGGCUAUUCGGUUCUACAACACGAUGAUGCCCGGUGAAAUAAACGAUUUAGUACAGUCCAAUCAACAGACGGCUUUGGAGCUUGAGGAUUUAUUCUACAAACCGAAGGAUCUCCGCAAGAAGGAGUAUUUCGCGCAUUUAAUUAGUUCUGUCCUACAACAGAAUGCAAUGUCACUGGACACUAGCUACGUGGAUGACAUGGCACAGCUUCUGUUUAAAACACGAAACAUUGGAACUGACGUUCUGGCGCUGGAUAUUCAACGAGGUCGUGAUCACGGUUUGAGUAGCUACACCAGCUACUUCAAACUAUGUACCGGUAAAACCAUCACAGCCUGGUCCGAUCUAGCGGCGACUAUUACUCCGGAAGAUUUAAACACUCUCCAAUCCGCGUACGGAUCGGUCCAAGACAUUGAUCUCAUCAUAGGAGCUAUCGCGGAAAAACCUACUCCUGAGGCAACUGUUGGGCCAACACUUGCUUGCAUUAUCAAAGACCAACUCGCGCACUCAUUGGCGGCAGACGAUCACCAUCACCAUACCCAGCGAAUCGACGCCAUGUUGGCUAACUAUACUGCAGCGCGGUUCAUCUGCGACACGGCUCAAGUUGAGCAGGUGCAGCCAAACAUCUUCCGCCUGCCAAACGCCGGUAAAAAUGCACAAACGCGUUGCGCACAAUUCCCCGAACUAGAUUUCCGCACACUGCGAGAACCUUCACAGUAGACGCCGUAGACAGGGAUAAAUCGUUUGUAAGCCAUACCUACACAUCAGCGAAGAAACUGAAAACACCGUCCUCUUGAAUUAAGAGCUGGAUUGUCAUUAAAAAAUACAGCCCCCAUAGAGUAUGUUAUUCAGGGAACCUAUAAAAAGUUGAACAAUGUUCGUGAUUCGAAAUUAGCUUUAAAGUUUCUAUGAUAUAUAAUAGAACAGAGUUUUUUCUUGUAAGGUAUUCGAGCUGAAAAGCCGGUAGUAAAACGUGCCUUAGUACAUCCACGUUGUUUCUGUUUUCUAGUAGAAACAUGUGUUAGCCUUAAAGUUAACAUCGCCAGUAAAUGAGUGCUGAUUCAUUAUAAA